GGUAAAACAAAAUCUAAAGUAUUACGUAAUUUCACACGCAUGCGUAAAGAGAAGUACAACCUAAAAGAUGAUGAACGUGUUGUUGUUUACUCUCGUCAAGGGAUUUUUGUAAGAUGUGAUUUUUAACCCUAUGUUACCUUAACACUCUCAUAUCAAGUCUCAUGCUUAAAAUGCCCAGACAACAAUGGUGGACAUGGAGAAAUAAAAAAUCAGAAGAUAACCAAACAAGAAAGGUUGACGUCAAUCCAAGAAGGAAUAAUGACCCAUCGAUUAAUGAAAGAAGGAAAAGAAGGCAGCACUGGAGUGAUGGAAAAUCUAGACAAACUUCCAACCAUGAUGGUGGGAUGAGGUCGGCCUCUGAAUCAGGGAAGUUACACCAGCAUGAACAUAACCCGCAAAAUUACGGAACAUCAAGGCAUGACAAAUCAUCUUCCGGUGGAACAUCAACAUCAAGUUUUGGGAGAGAUAUUCCAGGUUUUUACUUUGAUCCAGUUAAAAAGCGAUAUUUUCGACUACUACCAGGCCACAACAACCAUAAUCCUAUAAGUAAUGAGAUGUUACAAGAGAAAGAAGCAGAAAAGAAACGGCUUGAUCUAUUGAAUUCAGACAGUGCAAUCAACCAAGGUGCCACAAAUAAUCUAGAAAGUAAAUCUAUAUGUCCGUCCAUCAGUCAAAUUCUACUUCAAAGACAAAGAGGAAAGAUUUCAUCCUGUUCAUAUGUGAGGCAAUGCCAUGAAGCAUGUGUUGCCAGAAUGCCUGUAAAAUCAUCCAACCAGAUUUCAUCGUGUCCUGACACAGGCCAUCAUUUUGAGUCUGGAUAUAUAACUCUACUUCAGGCUGACAAAAGUAAAAAGAAAAUAUUGACAGUUAUAUCGAAUGACCGCUUUAGCAGCUUUUGGCAAGGAACUGUAACGGCAAACAAAGAAAAUUCUUCACAGUUUGAUAUCAAAAACUGGAAAAACAUUAGCUGUGUUGGAAGAUGUGGAAAGGUGACAAGUGCAAGUUGGGUGUCUGUUGAUGACCAGCAUGACACCCAUGUUCUUUAUUCUGUUUCCGGAGGCCAGGAAAGUCAGGUACAACUGUUCGCACAGUAUCCAGAUGCCCGGCACAUUCUGUAUGUUGGAUGGGAGAAAGGGAUCAUAUGGACUUGCUCCUGGAGUGAAAACAAAGUAUUAGCAAAUCAUCUUAGUUUUGGUGGUAGGAGAUCCUAUAUUGUAGAUAUUGUGACAUCAUUGAAGACAAAACUGAACACAAAUGGAAGUGAUGUGCUGUGUCAAGUCUUUGCAAAAUCUCAACCAUUGCUCUAUAAUGGAACAAAACGAGGUGAAAUACUUAGCUGUGACCUUCGAACUCCAUCAAGAAGGAAUUUUGCAUCAAUACUGCAUCACCACACAUCUGUCUGUUGUCUACAACUUCUAAAUGAUGAAAAUUAUAUCAUUGCUAGUGAUAUGUCGGGAAAGGUAAAUGUGUAUAAGAGACAGAUUAGAAUGUGUGCAGUUGCUAGGGAAUACCAUGGUAACAACAAUCAACACAGACAUUUACCCUUCAAUAUUGACUCAACAGAAUCUGUCCUGUACACUGUUGGACAAGAUUGCUUUACCAGAAUUUGGAGCAUACAUACUGGCAAUCUAUUGAAAACACUACCACCGCCUCUGUCAGCAUCAAAGCAAACAUUGCCAUCCGUUGUCUACUCCACUAACUGGACUGGAACUGCUGGCCCAGGCCUCUUGCUAGGGACACAGAAGCAAUUCCACUGGUACACCUUAUGACCCUGUCUUACAUCAUGUAUGAAUGACUUAAUGAGUAUAGUAAACACAAGUCCAGUCAGAUAUUUUAAAUUAGCAAAUCAGUGUUAAUUUGUUGAAUUUUAUUUAUUUGUAGAAUUAUUUAUGUAUAUUACAUUCCACAUCAGUCUUUUGAUCCUGCACAUUACCCCUUAAAUCUCCUUUUUCUGUUUUCAUUCUCAUCAAGCAGAUAUAAAUUUCCACUGACUAAAUGGAAUAUAUAUCUUUCAUAAGGAAAACAAACUGGGUGCUUGUAACUUAACCUAGUAUUUUGGCCUAGAAAGAAAUCUUAAGUCAAAACACUGAAGGUGAGCCCAAAAUAAAAUUAUAUCAAGACCUCUUGGCACUGUUUUAGCUUAAAAUUGUCUUAGACAAUUACGUAUUGGCACAUGCGUAACAGCAAUUUUAAUGUAAAAUAAUUUGCACAUACGCAAUAGCUACAAUGAAAUCACACACACACUUGUACGUGUUACGAUACACAUAUGUGAGAGGAUAGUAAAGCAACAGUACAUCAUCAUGGUUUUGCAGUUUCUAGUUUGUGAGGACACAUUGUAGCUAUGUUUAGUGUGUGAAUGCACAUUUAAAACAGCUAAGAAAGUUUGAGUUUAAAAUUUGAAAGGCAGGAAUCUCAACCACAAUGCUACUCCUAUCACCUUCAUAUACCUAUGAUACUAUGAUCUUUAAUUACAACAAAUAUAUUGAUAUUAAACAGAAGUGCUAUUCUACACUAUAUAUUCUUCCUUGAACUUAUUUUUGUCUUAAAAAGUUUGAGUGUAAUGGUAAUUUUAUUUUCAUAUCAUUAAUAUUAUAGAAAAUGUAAUAACAGUGAGUGAAAAGAAAUUAAGGUAAACUGAAAUAAUAAAUAGUUCUGGUUAA